AUGCUUUUCCGAUCUCAAUACCCAGACAUUGAGUGCCCGACAGACUUGACUGUAUGGGAAUGGGCCUUUGAAGACAAGAGAUACUCCCCCUUAUUCAAGAACCCGCCUGGCGAAAUCGCAGGAUUCACAGACGCCGUGACGGGCGAGCGUCUGGACUUUGGACAGGUGAAAGAGCAUGCAACGUACACAUCGUCAGCUCUGGUCCACGAACUAGGCAUGAAGGUGGGAGAUACUGUCUCACUCUUCGGACAUAACCGAAUAUGGUAUCCGGUAACUAUGUUUGCUGUAUUAAGAGUUGGUGGCAGGAUUAACGGUGCAUCCCCAUCUUACACUAUUGGCGAAAUGGUGAAUGCUCUCAAAACAGCUGGGACCAAGUAUAUAAUGACCGUGAAGAGCUCCAUCAAGAUGGCGAGCGCAGCUGCUAAGGAAGUUGGUAUCCCUUCUGAGAGAAUACUGUUGAUGGAUGGGGACCUCGAUGGUUGCACGUCGAUUCAACAGCUCUCAGUAAUUGGAAGGAAUUACGGUCUUGAUAGACAAGUCCCAUACUACUCGAUCCCGGUCGGCCAGACAAAUGACGUCUGUGGCUAUCUGAAUUUCAGCAGUGGGACAACUGGGCUUCCAAAAGCUGUCAUGCUUUCUCACAAGAACAUCAUCGCCCAAUGCCUUCAGCUCGCAGAUGUUGCAGGCCCCGAGAAGAAGCGUUUCCUCGCUUGCUUACCACUAUUUCACAUCAGCGGUCUUGUGAGAUUCCUCCACUGGCCAAUUGCUAGUAACGACGAGUGCGUAAUGCUGCCGCAAUUCACCAUGGAGAACGUACUCGAGGCCAUCGUGAAAUAUCGGAUAACUGAUUUAACUCUGGUACCUGCCAUUGUAAUCAGGCUCAUCAACGAUCCCAUCGUCGACAAAUACGACCUGACAAGUGUAAAGGUAAUUGCCUGCGGCGCCGCUCCCGUGGGGACUGAGGUUAUUCAACGACUUCACGACAAGAUGCCAUGGACUGGAUUUAGACAGAGCUAUGGGAUGACGGAAUCGUGCUGCUGCUUAAGCACUCAUCCACCCGAGUUUUAUGACUACAAAUAUGGCAACAAUACUGGAAAGUUGUUGGCUUCCACUGUCGUGAAAAUCGUUGAUGUGGACACGGGUAAAGAGCUUGGACCAAAUGAGACGGGAGAGAUCCUCGCCAAGGGCCCGCAAAUCGCCAUGGGCUAUCUGAAUAACGCCAAGGAAACGGCCGAGACAUUCGGUGCCGAUGGAUUUCUGCGUACAGGGGAUAUUGGAAAGAUUGACAGCCAAGGGUUUAUUCACAUCAUCGACCGAAUAAAGGAGAUGAUCAAAGUCAAAGGCCAACAAGUCGCUCCAGCUGAUUUGGAGCAAGUUUUUCUAGGCCAUCCAUACGUGGCAGACUGUGCCAUCUUGGGGAUACCCGACGCUUACAGCAGCGAGAUGCCGAAGGCCUUCAUCGUUUUAAAGAGCCAUGUCACGCCGAAUGUUGCGGUCGGGCAUGAACUUAUGCAGUAUGUUAAGGAGAGACGUGUGCGGUAUAAAUGGGUUAAGGAGGUUGAGUUUGUGUCUGAGAUCCCGAAAGGUCCGAGUGGUAAGAUCUUGAGACGGUUACUGCGAAACACUGAUGGAAAGAUUUCGGGACGAGUGGUGGUCAAGGAUGUUUCCCCUGCUAGACUUUAG